UCUCCUUAGCCAUAAUGAUAUUUUAACAAAGCAUGUUCGCGUCGUAUACAGCCACUUAAUAGUAUCUACAAAAGCACAUUGAACUUCGCAACUUCGAGAAGGUUGUGUUUUUAGUAAAGUAAAUGGAUGAAGCCAGCAUUGAGCUUGUUGGAGAAAGCUCACAACUUACUUACAGGCGUAAAAGAAAACGACGAAGACGAUGUAAAAGGCAUCCACAGGGAGGACCUCAUUCACCAACUUGCCGUGGAGACAAGACUGAAAGCACUCCGAACGUACCAGCUCUGGUAAGAGUGCUACCAAAAAUGAAACCUAUCUUGGAUUACCUUGAUGUGAAAGCUGACACUUUCACCAGAGCUGAGGUGUUGGGGCACUUGACAGAAUAUAUUCGAAGGAAGUCUUUGUUUGAUCCUGCUGAUCCUCAUAAAGUGUAUUGUGAAAACGAUGAAUUAGAAGAAAUAUUUGGAUGCAAGCAGUUUUCAUCGUCCAAUGUUUGUGAUCUACUUCUACAAAAUCUUGAGAGUUUUCCAUCAGCGAGGGACUCCGAAAAUGCUCAUUCUUUCAAACAACAAAGAUCCAUCGCUGCUUGUCAGUCCGUAUCUUUACAAUCUACAUCCACAACAGAAAGUUGCCCCUGCAGUGAUAGUGAGUUGCAGUCAGCAAGUGAUCAGGCCUGUUGUAGCAAGCCAUUGCCUCAACCAUCUGUGGGAGAGAAACGAGAAUAUGAUGUUGCAUUCACAGAUGUUGAUAUCGGACACGGUUCUAAAGACACAAACAACAAAGAGGAAGUCAUCAGCAAGGCAGAAUAUGCUAUACAUUAUCGAAAUAUGCAAGACAAUUCUACAGAUAUUGUAACGGAUACAUCUGAUGAUUUGUUCUUUUUGUAUGAAACUGAAGAGGAACGAGUAGUACGGCCGUUUGAAAGUGACAUUACUGAUAGUGAGGCUUUAGUAAAUCAUGGAUCAGAGAACGAUACAGUCAGCAAUGAUGAAGAAAAAUUUUCAUUGGAAUACGAACCAAUGUCUUAUAGCGAAGAAGAAAGACUGAUGUUAGAGCAUGAAACUGAAAGAAAUUCAUGCAGUCAAGAGGUGGACGAAGGAGAAGAUGGCGGAGAUGAACUUGGAAACAGUGACAGCUCAGACUCGGAAAUAGAAGAAGAAGAUAAAUGGCAAUGCGAAGCCUGCUCGGAAAGAAAUCACCCGAUGACUCGACGCUGUCGACGUUGCUGGUCUAAGAGAAAGGAUUGGUUUGCUUCCACUUUGGAAAGAUCUUAUUCAGAUCCUGGUCAAACUCGUCGCGAAAAUGUUCGAAUAGAUCAGGCAACAGUGACAGACUCAGUUUGUACAACUUCGUCAAUCAGCCAGUUGAAUACUGUUGUUCCACCAUCAACAAACCAUACUCCCCCCGUCUCCACGACUGUCGCCAAUGAAACUGCGUCGGACUCAACUGAUGGCCAUGAUCGAAUGAGGUGUUUACUUUGCCGCAAGGAACCGCCCAAUGGCUGUAUCGUUCAUGGUAUGACCGGCCAUCAGGUAUGCUGUGUUGCAUGCGCUCGGAAACUGAAGGAGUCUAAUAAACCCUGCCCCGUGUGUCGCAAAAAGAUUGAUAAAGUUAUAAAGAAUUAUAUGUGACUGGGAAUUGUUCAAUUAUUGCGCUGUUGGACCGUGGUGGGCAAAGCCAGGCCGAAUUUUACUCCUGCUGUGCAAAUAUUUUUUCUCCCUUCAUUGGAAAAGCAAUGAAUGGCUUUAGUUUUCUCAAGUAAUUAAUAAAAACAUGAAGUAAAAUUUGGAAUGGUUUUGCCACUGAUUUUUUGUAUAUAGUAUCGAAAUCGAAAUCGAAUUUUCAGUUUUGAUGCAAAGCUGCUCGCGUAAUCAGUCGCUGAAACGUAGCUGCGUAGCUGUAGAGUUCACCUAAUUAGCCACAAUGACUGUAAACGCAUCUCAAAAACAAUUCACAUAUGAUAAAAUUUUAAACGCCUGUUAUGGAGUUUGACCAAUUUUUAUGAUAUCAUAGACAAUUCUCAAAGUUAAGAAAACAUGCUCGUCCUAUAUGUAGUAGUAUUUAAAGUAAAUUGUAUCCAUUUUUUUACUGUUUAUUCUAUAGUUUUAACAAACUAUCAAAAUACCAUUUAAUGUGUUUAUGACUCAACUAUUUAGCAAACAGUUUUCUCGGUGCAUUGCAAAGAAUAUUUAAAAUGGAUGGAUAACAUCUUUCGUUGAACUGCGUCCGUUUACUUCUGUCUAGAAUUAUUAAAUUACAUAUGUCCAUCGGGCCGAAUUUCGUCACUGUGAUGUCAUAUUAUGUCACUGUGAUGUCAUAUUAUGUCACUGUGAUGUCAUAUUAUGUUAUUUGCUUUAGGAAAUUGCAUUAGUUUUCAUCGACAAAUUCGUCACAACAUUAUUCUUUAAAGUUUUUGAUAAUCGUCUUGUGUUGUUUAUGUCGCAGUAAUGGUAUUCUCAUAGUGAACAAAGUUCAAUAUCUGUAGAAAGAAUUGAAUUGACAAAAUUUUACUAAAUAAGUCGCCAAGUUAUUUUAGACUGUCUUUUUGAUGCAAUCAGAAAACUGUGUUGCGUUAUUUUGUGUCAUAAACAGUUUGAACACAUUCCUUCGUCCAGUAACGGAUACAGGGUUAGGAAAAUAAUUGGUUAAUCAAUAUUUUUCUACCGUAACAUUCGGUACCCCCGUGUGUGUGAUGGUAUUUUGUGAAAAUAGAAUAGUACUAGUGUACAAAUUAGUGAAUCUUUAACUCAUAUAGAAUAUGGUUCUGUAGACUGUUUCACCAAAGUCAACUAUUGCAUGUAUAUUACAUAUGAUAUUCUUAAGUUUGUAAGCAAUGUACGACUCAAAAUUUAAAAUGUGAUUUUACGUAAGAUAGAGGGAAAUGAAAAAUAGAUAGAUAGUGGUUGCAGUAUGGUCUUAUCAGCUCGUAAUAUAGAUGGUAUUUGUCUGAGAUGAGUUUUAAAGGUAUUAAUUGAUAGUUUUUUAACUUUUUAUCUACAACUAUACAUACGCUUUGAACACCUGUUCGUGGGUUAUGGCAUUUAGUAAAAAUAGUGAAGUAGACUUUGAUUCUGUUGCAUGUUUCUCAAAAGUCAACUAUUGUAUGUAUAUUACAUGUACUAUUAAAAUGGUAUCCUAUUUACUCGAAA